AUGGAAAUUUGCAAAAUCAUCGGCGGCGGCACGGUUAUUGGCUACGCAGCCAAUGGCGACCCCUGCCCGCCUGCACGCCGGCGGGUUCUCGCCAUGACCAAGGAAGCGGAGGGUGGGCAGGCGGCCAGCCUUUGUGGCCGGCUCGCACCUCCAGACAGCAGGUACCCACGGCAGGUGCCUACAGUAGGUACCUGCCGGCUCCCCCAAGAGACGCCGGCCGGCACAAGUACCGCCCCAUGCAGACGCCAGCACGCCAGGUAUCGCCCAUCAGCCUGUUUUCUAAUAGCGGACCAAGCCAUGCCGCCGGCGCACCCACCAUUCUGCCGACCUGGACCACGCUUGCCCCUUUCGAGCGCGCCGCAAAUUACCCCUGCACCCUCACCCAGUUACGAGGCCUUUGAAAGAAGGGGGGUGGCAGGAAGGGUGGACGGUCAGCCAGGGUGGGCCCGCCUGGCUGCGUGCGUGUGCGUGUGUGCGAUGUGUGUGUGCGCGCGCGCGUGUCCGGCUGCUGGUGACCUGUCGGUCCAACCGCUUCUGCCCCUGCCCCUGGUGGAUCGACUGGCUUGCUUGCUGCCCGCUGGCUCUGUUUCUCCGAAGAACGGUGCGCAAGCAAGCCGCCAGGAACACCCAUUCUUUGGCGAGAGUGACGGUCCAAGGAUGGCCCUAGCUCGCGCCGUUCCUGGACACAGACAUGCCGGCCGACUGUUCACCCCCCCUCCCCACCCCGCCCCUGUGCACUGCGUCCCGUUUGCCCAGCACACACGAGAUUACGGCAGCGCGGCACUAACACGGCUCGCCCGGGCGCUGCAUGGCGGUCAGAUAGCGCAGGCCCCCUGCCACCACCUGGCCUGGUGUUCAUCCCUGCCCUCCCCAGGCCUCUUUGUCUUUUCUCCCGCCUGCCGCCGCCUCUCCUUUCCUCUGGCCUUCCGCUCCCCUUCUCCGCCAUCCGCCAUCCUCAACGCCGACGCCUUGCCCGCGACAACCGUCUUUCGGCGACGACGAUCCUCCCGUGUCACGCCCUUCGAGCUCGAGUCUGAGAGAUUUCAGAAUCUCUCGACACGAGCCUGGAAGGUCCUCCGGAGGUCUCGCAACCCACCGGAAAGCCCCCAUGCCAAGCCGACACCAUAUGAGGCCGCUGACGCGAACACGGACGAGCCCAGUCACCUCCUGAAGGACACCCUUCCUGGAAGCCUGCCAUUUCGACGAUUUCUCGUCGAGUCACUCUUUUGA